UGCACAUAGCCAAACAGCCAUUUCCUGCCCAGCUCAAUGGCCUCGCCGUCCUCCAUGCCUGCCCGUAUUCACAUCUUCCUCCUAGCAGUCCUGCUUUCUCCCGUCCCGUUUUCUUCUUCCGGUCCGACCAACGGCAGCGACACCGACCUCACCGCCCUUCUGGCUUUCAAAGCGCAGCUCGCGGACCGUCUCGGCGUCCUUGCCGCCAACUGGGCCACCGGCACGUCCUUUUGCCGCUGGGCCGGUGUCUCAUGCAGCCGGCGCAGGCAACGCGUCACCGCCUUAUCAUUGCCCGACACGCCUCUCCUUGGGCCACUGGCACCUCAUGUCGGUAACCUCUCUUUUCUCUCCGUCCUUAACCUCAGGAACACCAAUCUCACAGGGCCUAUCCCUUCCGAACUUGGCAGGCUACGUCGUCUCAGAUUCUUCGGUCUUCAUCAAAAUAGCCUGUCAAAUGCCAUACCUGCUGCCCUAGGCAACCUCACGAGGCUCGAGUUUCUCUAUCUUCAUUUGAACCAGUUGUCAGGCCAGAUCCCUCCUCAGAUGAUGCUAAGCAUGCGCAACCUUACACAGAUUAAUCUGUACGGGAACGGCUUGAGUGGACAAAUACCUCCGUAUUUGUUCAACAACACGCCUUUGUUGACGUUCGUUAACUUUGGGAACAAUAGCCUCUCAGGUCCUAUACCACACGCCGUUGCAUCACUAUCCAUGCUUGAAUUAUUAAGACUGGAUUUUAAUCAACUCUCUGGCCUGGUGCCACAAGCCAUGUUCAACAUGUCUAGAUUACAGGAAAUUUCCUUAGUAAAUAAUCGUAACCUGACCGGAACAUUUCCGAGCAAUCAAAGUUUCAGCCUCCCAAUGUUACAGGUUGUUUCCAUAUAUGGUAACAAAUUUGCCGGUCGGUUACCAUCAGGGUUUGCAUCAUGCCAAUACCUACAAGUAAUUGAUUUGCACGAAAAUUCUUUUGUGGAUGUUCUGCCGACAUGGUUGGCCAAAUUGACAAACCUCAAAAAACUUAACUUGGGUUUUAAUCACCUUAUUGGCUCGAUCCCAGCGGCCCUUGGUAAUCUUACCAAAGUCACUAAACUACAACUCGCAAACGGCAGUCUAACAGGGGAGAUUCCACCAGAAUUAGGUCUUAUGCAGGAACUCUCUUAUCUUGAUCUUCAAUACAACCAAUUGACUGGUAAAUUUCCAGCUUCGCUCGGUAACUUGUCCAAAUUGUCUUACCUAAAUUUCCAAGUGAAUCACUUGUCCGGUCAAGUACCAUCAAUGCUUGGAACAAAUACAGUUUUGAAUAUUCUUGCUUUGGGAGACAACAAUUUAGAGGGGAAUCUAGAUUUCUUGUCAGCUCUUUCCAAGUGCAGACAACUCCAAUUCCUUGAUUUUGAAAAAAAUCGUUUUACAGGCACCAUCCCUGGCUAUGUGGGAAACUUCUCUUCACGUUUAAACUAUUUUGGUGCAGGUGCCAACCAGUUGAUAGGUGGCCUUCCAGUAGCAAUUUCAAAUAUAAGCAACCUUCUAUGGAUUGAUUUUCGGGAUAACCUAUUCACCGAGCCAAUUCCAGAAUCUAUCACUACGCUGGAAAAUCUUGCAUGGCUUGAUCUCUCCUGGAAUAACAUGCCAGGCCCUAUCCCUACACAAAUGGGUAUGCUUCGAAGUCUAGAACGAUUGUUUCUCCAAGCCAACAAAUUAUCAGGCUCCAUACCAAGAAACUUUGGUAAUCUUAGCUGGUUAGAAAGCUUAGACUUGUCAUAUAACCAGUUAAGCUCAACGAUACCAACGAGUUUCUUCCACCUGGAUAAACUUAUCACACUUGAUCUUUCACAUAAUUCCUUUACUGGUGAAGUACCGGUAGAUGUUACUGGUCUAAGACAAACCUAUCAAAUAGACAUAUCUUCUAACUUGUUGAUAGGAAGCAUACCAGAAACAUUUGGACAACUUAGUAUGCUUACCUACCUAAAUCUAUCACAUAACUCUUUCAAAGGCUCAAUUCCAGUUCAACUCGAAAAAGUAAAAAGCCUAGCAUCAUUGGACCUCUCGUUUAACAAUCUCUCUGGUACCAUUCCAAUGUUCCUUGCUAACUUGACGUACUUGAAUACCUUGAACCUAUCAUUCAAUAGGCUAGAAGGACAAAUACCCGAGGGAGGUGUUUUCUCAAACCUCACAUUGAAAUCUUUGGUUGGGAACCCUGGGCUAUGCGGCGCUCCGCGGCUAAAAUUUCCACCAUGCCUUGAUAGAAAUCAUUCAAGUAAAAGCCACUUGCUUCCAUUUCUACUGCCAACCCUCAUAUUAGCUUUUGGCGCCAUUGCCAUUUACCUAUACCUAUGGUUCAGAAAGAAACUUAAGAAGGGAAAGGACAAUGUUUCUGUUGAUCCAACUGAUGCCAUAGGCCAUCAGAUAGUCUCCUAUCAUGAGCUUGUUCGCGUCACCAAUAAUUUCCAUGAUGAAAACAUCUUGGGAUCCGGAAGCUUUGGAAAAGUCUUUAAGGGCCAACUGAGCAGUGGUUUGGUGGUUGCGAUAAAAGUUCUUGACAUGCAACUAGAGCAGGCCAUCCAAAGCUUUGAUGCGGAGUGUCGAGUGCUUCGUAUGGCACGACACCGCAACCUGAUAAGGAUACUUAACACAUGUUCCAACCUUGACUUCAGAGCACUGGUGCUUCAAUACAUGCCAAAUGGUAGCUUAGAGAUGCUCCUUCAUGGAUCACAGAGCACAACAACGCGCUUGGGAUUCCUUGAGAGACUGGGCAUCAUGCUUGAUGUUUCGAUGGCAAUGGCUUAUCUACACCAUGAGCACUGUGAGCUGAUCUUGCAUCGUGACUUGAAGCCUAGCAAUGUGUUGUUUGACGAGGACAUGACGGCGCAUGUGGCAGACUUUGGCAUUGCAAAGUUGGUUCUAGAUGACAACUCCAUGAUAAGUGUGAGCAUGCCUGGAACAAUUGGGUACAUGGCACCAGAGUAUGGGUCACUUGGAAAAGCAUCGCGGAAGAGCGACGUCUUCAGCUAUGGGAUCAUGCUCCUUGAACUCUUCACUGGAAAGCGACCCACUGCCACUAUGUUUGGCGCACAAUUAACGCUCAGGCGGUGGGUUCAUGAGGCAUAUCCUGCAGAGCUUGUCAAGGUCGUCGAUGGACAGCUAUUACAUGGCUCCUCUCUUUCUAGCUGCAUCUUGGACGAUGGCUUUCUUGCUUCAAUAUUUGAGUUGGGUUUGAUUUGUUCUAGCGACUCUCCAGACCAGCGAAUGACGAUGCACGAUGUGGUCGUGACGCUGAAGAAGGUCAAAGCUGAGUACACUAAACGGACAACAAAAACAUGACGUGGCACAACGGAAUUAUCGUUCUCCCUUGUUGCUUGCUAUAACUAUAUACAGAUGUAUCUGUUCUCAUUUUGUCA